AUGUUUUAUUAUUUUUAUAAUUGUUUUUUCAAAUAUUUAAUUAUAAUAUACUGUGUAUAUAAUAUUUCUGUGAUAGUUUGUUUAAGAUAUAAAAAUUGUCAUUUUUAUUUAUCAUCUAACAAUAAAGGAGAUCGAAAAUGUUUACAUAAUAGUUAUAAAAAUAAAAAAAUAAAUAGAAAAAUAUAUGUAGAAGAAAAUAAGAACUGUUUAAAAGAUGAUAGAAUUGAUGAAAUAGUGAAAAAUUGUAAGGAUGGUUAUUUUGAAAAUGAUAAAAAAAUAAAAAUUAUUAAAACAUUGAGAAGUAAUAUUGAUAGAUUAUUUUUUGUUAAUAGAUAUUUAUUUGGAAAUAUAGAACAUGAUGAACAAAUUGAACAAAAUAAUAAAGAUAGUGAUGAUGAAGAAUUGAGAGAAAAAAAAAUAAAUAAUUAUUAUAAUUAUGAUAUUAAAAAAUUGGAAAAUAGUUUAAAUCUUGAACCAGAUAAAACAUUAUUAAAUGAAUACAUAGAAUAUAUACAAAAUAUAAUUCAAAAAAAUUCAAUUUUGUUGACUGAUGAUUCAUUUAUUAAAGAUCCAAUUCAUAAUUUGAUAGUAAGAUGGAUGAAGUCGGUGCUUAUAUAUAAAGAAGAAGAAGAUGACAAUUUUGGUGGUGAACAUGACGAUAAUAAUGAUAAUGACGAUAAUAACAGCUUAGAUGUAGAAUCCAUAGCAAGAAAAUUGAUUUUAUUUAAAACAAUUUUGUGUAAUACAUUAAAAAAAUACAAAUUUCAUGAUAAAAUAAUAUAUAUAGAUGCAAAAACAAAUGAUAUAAGAGUUAAAAGAAAUGUUUUUAAAGAUGUUAGUGGAAAAAAAAGUGAUUGGAAACUAAUAUUUUUAGGAACGGGUUCUAUGUAUCCAUCUAUUAGUAGAGGAACAUCAUCAUUUAUUUUUCAAACCACAAAAAAAAAAUAUAAUGAAGCUUAUUUAUUUGAUUGUGGGGAAAGUACAUUUAUAUCAUUACAAAAAGCUAAUAUAAAAAUUAGUAAGAUCAAAAAUAUAUUUAUAACACAUCUACAUGGAGAUCAUUGUUUAGGGCUCAUAUCAGUAUUAACGAUGUUAAAAAAUCUAAAAACAAUUAAUAUAUAUGGACCAGAAGGUAUAUAUAGAUUCUUAAAAAAUAGUUUUAAUUCAACAUAUUCAAAACGUAUAGCUAAAUAUUUUGUAUAUGAACUAAAAAUAAAAGGAAAUGAAAAUAGUUUAUAUGUUUCGAAUCCUGAAAGUUUGAAUAAAGGAAUAAAUAAAAAGAACCCAAAUGAUUUAAAAUAUAUAUUUAAAGAUGAAAAUAAUAUGUAUAAAAUAUUACAAACUGAUUCUAUAGAAAUAAGUGGAUAUCAAAUAAAACAUACAGUCCCAACUAUUGGUUACAUAAUUAAAGAAAGGCAUUCUGAAAAUAAAUUUAAUGCAGAACAUAUUAAUGAAAUAAUUAAAAAAAAUUAUGAUGAAUUAAAAAAAUGUAAAAAUUUAGAUUAUGCCCCAUAUAAAAUAUAUGAAAAUGUUAUAAGAAAAAUGAAAAGUGAUGAUAUACUUAUAUUUCCUGACAAUUCAAAAUUAAGUUAUAAAAAUGCUUAUAAAGAGAUACAUAAAAAAAGAAAAAUUGUUAUAUGCCAAGAUACUUGUGAUGCAUCUAGUUUAUUAAAAGAUGCUCAAGAUGCAGAUGUGUUAAUACAUGAAGCAACAAACAGUUUUAUCGAUUUAACAGAUGACAAUAUGCUUUACAAUACAGAUGUAUGUAACCAUGAUAAUUGUGUUAGUUCUUUAUCUAUAGAAAGGGAUAAAACCGUGGGAGGAAAUGGUCAUAAUAAUAAUGUGAACAAAUUUGAAAAAUCGGAAAAAUCGGAAAAACCUGAAAAAUCGGAAAAACCUGAAAAAUCGGAAAAACCUGAAAAAUUAGAUACUAUAAAUUAUUAUAAUAAAAUAAUUUCUGACCGUGGACAUUCAACUUCUUAUAUGGCAGGAAAUUUUGCAAGUAAGAUUCGAACCAAUAAAUUAAUUUUAACACAUUUUUCACAAAGAUAUACAGGUGAUAAUAAAUUGAAAAAUAUGAUAAUAAUGAAAAAAAUUGAAGAUGAAGCUUUAGAAGGGUUUUAUUCUGAUAAAAAUAAGUCAUAUAAAGAUUUUGACAAAAAAAAUAUAAAUGAUUCUGAGAGAAAAAAAUCUGUAAAUUUAGUAUACAUUUCUAACAAUAGUAAUGAACAAAAAGAAGCAAAUGAUGAUGCAGUGAAUGACAUAGAUGGGGUAGUGAAUAAUAAUUCAGAAAAUUUGAAUAAAAUGAAAAAUAAUUUCCAAGAAAAUGAUGUAGUAGCAGCUUUUGAUGGUCUUGUUAUGUAUGUUCCACCCCAAUUGAUUUUUCCCACGUCUUUUAGAUAA